UCUAGUUGCUUUCAUAGGGAAUUCCUUGACGUUACUGAGGCCAAAACCCAAAACCAACCGACCAUCCAGUUCCAAGCACAAGCAAUCUGUCAAGUGUAACUUUCACAUCAGACUGAAGGAUUAUCUUUUAUAAAAAUUAUUUGGAAAUCAAGUAAUUUGCUAUAUUACCGUUUCGCGAGACGAACAGGGAGAAAAGGAAUCGUUUCAUUUGGUGGAUGUUGUGUGCCGCGAUGCUAGCCAUUUUCGUGAACCAUCGUAACGAAAAGUAAUCGUGUUUGAAUUGGACUCGCGUGAGAUUAGUUAUGGAGUCAUUCAUCCAGUAAGCUAUCUGCGUACGUGCUGAAGAAUCUAAAACAUCUACAUAACUCGACAAAAUCGAAAUCAACGGCAUCGCUUUGUUUUCUUUACGGGGGGUAAUGGAUGGCCUCUUUGUCGAGUAAUGUCCUUAUACCGUUUCUUGUGUAAACGACUGUCUAUGGAUUUUGUAUGAGGUAUCAGAACGGUCAUCGGAUAUCGCCCAUCGAGGAGAAAUUUUGCAGUCCAAGAGCAGAGAUGGAGAGUUCCGAAGAGCCAACAAGUUUGCAAUCUAUGUGUCAUUUACAUGUUUCGGAAUUGUUUCCAAAGCAUACACAUCUUGAAUGUGAAGAUGAAACACUUACAAUACCAUUUACGCCUUUGAGUGGAGAAUCCAUUGUAGCACUUGGACGUACAUCAGAUGGGGUGUUGGCUCUUUCUAAUUACAGACUUUACUUACAAUUGAGUCAAACAUGCUACAAUAUUCCACUGGGUUUAAUAGAACAGCUGGAGGUUAAAGAGAUCUUCUUCUUACAUAUUGGUUGUAAGGAUGCACGUUCCCUAAGCUGUGCCUUUUCCACGAAUGAACACUGUUUAGAGUGGUAUAAGCGACUACAUAAAGUGACUUAUCCACCUAAGAGCAUAGAAGAUAUAUUUGCUUUUGCAUACUAUGCUUGGUCCAUUGAGGAGGGCAAAGAUUUUUCUAAACUUGGAAAGGAUACUACUUCCUAUACCGCUACUUUUAACUCAGAGGUGGAACGACUGAAAUUUAAUUUGCAUGGUACAUGGCGUAUUAGUCAAAUUAAUAAAGAUUAUCGAAUGUGUCCAUCAUAUCCACCACUGCUUCUGGUUCCUGCUUGCAUUUCCGAUGUUAUUCUGGACAAGGCGGCCAAGUUUCGUAGUUCUCGUCGAAUUCCUGCUGUUGUUUGGAGACAUGUGAAUAAUGGUGCAGUUUUAGCUCGAAGUAGUCAACCAGAAGUUGGUUGGCUUGGCUGGCGAAGUCCAGAAGAUGAGGCCCUCUUGAAGGCCCUUUCACAUUCAUGUUCCUAUGACAAAGGUGAAUUGACGAUGGUGGAUUCUCCCAGUAUUUAUCCCAAUGCUGGUGUCGAUGGUACCACAACAAAUAAUACCAAAAAAGUCUUGAUCGUGGACGCCAGGUCGUACACAACCGCUGUGGCGAAUAGAGCGCGCGGUGGUGGUUGCGAAUGUCCUGAAUAUUAUCCCAGUUGCGAUAUACAAUUCAUGAAUUUACCAAACAUUCAUUCUAUACGGAAGAGCUUUCACGCGUUGAGGCAGCUUUGCGCGUCGGACAUGGAUCAACCCAACUGGCUCAGUCUUUUAGAAGGAACGCGGUGGUUACAACACAUGUCUGGAUUAUUACGUGCAGCGGUGACUGUAGCAUCCGCGAUAGAAAGGGAUGGUCGACCGGUUUUGGUACAUUGUAGCGAUGGCUGGGAUAGAACGCCUCAGAUAGUCACUUUAGCGCAGAUCCUCCUUGAUCCGUAUUACCGAACUAUGGAGGGUUUCCAAAUCUUAUGCGAGAGAGAAUGGUUAGACUUUGGACAUAAAUUCGCGGAUCGUUGCGGACAAACAGUUGGCUGUGAAGAUCCGAAUGAACGAUGUCCGGUAUUUUUGCAGUGGCUCGACUGUGUACACCAGUUAAUCCUAAAAUUUAAGUGUAGUUUUCAGAUGUCUCCGGCGUAUCUCGUAAAAUUAGCACAGCAUACGUAUUCGCAGCUUUUCGGCACGUUCCUUUGCAACAGAAGGCAAGAAAGGUUACAAUUGCGAAUACGGGAGCGUACAUUUUCAGUUUGGCGAUUCCUGAAUUCCAGUUCAUUCGUAAAUCAUUUGUAUUCACCUUUAAAGAAUCAAGUAUUAUGGCCAAGUUGCAAUGUUCGAGAUCUUGUCUUGUGGUCUGAGGUGUAUUUAGGAUCUACCGAAUCUUCUCUUGAUAUCAGGGAUGAUAAACAGAGAGUGACGAUGAUAGACAUCGAGGGUGGUGAGAGCGACGAACCACAGAGGCAAAUGACUAAAACUCGAUCAUACGGGGAUCUUAUGCAUACUUCCAAUCACUCGGCCUAUCUUCACCGUAGACUUAGCGAUCCAACUAUUACGGUGGAAACGAAGUUCGAUUCCCUAACGCUCGAUGCGGAGACGGUGGAAAAUGUUGCAAACGACGACACAGAAUGUAAGACUGAAAACGAGGAAAAGAACAUGCCAGAGAACGAGGACGUAUCGAAACAAUGUAACACGACGAGUAAAUUCUCGAAUGACUCGCCAGCGAAUCCCUCGGUAGACAGUUCGACAGACACACUAAUACCCAGCAAUGAUUCCUUACUUGGUACAACAAGCAUCAAUAACGAAACGUCGCAGAAAAACUCGCCGCAGGACAUCGUUUCGCCGUGGAUCGAGACUAACGCGAACGGCCGAGCCGUCUGCUCUUGUAAUCGAAACUACAAUCACAACCUCAACGAUGGCAGCGACGUUAGCGAUACCAACGCGCCGUUGAUAUCGAGAACACCCAGUAGCGUUUGUCCGGCGUCUCCCACCCGUCAAGACACGCUGCCAGAGAAUCUUGACAGACUGGACGACGUCGAUGGUCUUCCCGUUGUACAUUGCGAUGUUCAGAUGCGCGUUCAACAGAUAAUCGUGGAGCAUAAGCUAAAAGAAGAAGCGUUAAGGAAGGAGUUACAUACGACGAGGCUGGCUCUAAUCAAGCAAGUUUGCAAUCAUAACGCGGAUACCGAUCGCAUCGACGAUAUUGGAUCGUUACCCGAUUCGGUGGGAAGCGCCGGCGAUCACGGAGAGUCGUUACCAUCGGACAUGUCUUGGGAAGCCGUCGAAGAAUUAGGUCCUGCUCCUACUCUUUGGGUACCUGACCACGCGGUGAAUCGAUGCAUGGGCUGCGACACGGAGUUCUGGCUCGGAAGACGCAAACAUCAUUGCAGAUGCUGUGGUAAGAUUUUCUGUGCUGAUUGUUCGGAAAAUUCGACACCGUUACCCAGCGAGCAACUGUACAAUCCCGUCAGAGUUUGCAGCGACUGUUUCUCACGGAUUCAUCGACACACGAGUCCCUGUCAGUGCAACGCUCGUCAUCAAAACAAAGGGGAGAACGACUCUGAAAUAACGUCGAAUUCUGAAAACCUGAUGACUUGUCAAAGACCGAAACGUUUAAACGUGACGAAGGACAGCUGUUGCGACAAUUUGAUGCAGAUCGCGCAUCAGAAAUCACAACCGCCGGUCACAGCAGCCACGGCGAAUUGAAACCACGUGAAAAAUCACGAUAUGGAACAACCAACAACGCAGCAUUUGGGUUUCGAUUUGGCUUUUGCCGGGACGAUGCGCGAGUUUGAAGAGUAUUCUUGUCACGUGUGGUUUCAAAGCGCGCGAGUAACCGGGUGUUGAAUUCACACGCGUGAAUUUAUGUCGUAAAUUGAUAUGGUACAAGUGUUGGUACAAGAUCUUCGAGCGAUUUAAUAUUUAUUGCUAGUGUAAUAAUUUGUACGAAGAAGUGUAUAGCGUCAGAGAGAAAACGAGUCAGUAUACGAGGUGUUGUAUAUACGUUAGGAGUAAUUUGAUCCAACGAGACACCUGGCUUCUUCGAACGAGACUACUCAAGUUUCCCCGUUUUUAGGAAAUCUUCUUAUCCUCGUGAGAUACAGCGAGAUCGAGGCCGAGGAACGUUUUGGAUAGGCUGUGACUGACGUCUAGUUUUUAGACACCGUACGAGGUGCGAUCUUAAUUAAUUAUCGAUCGAACGAUGGGAUGACUCGUUAAUUAGUAGUUGGAAUACGAUACGAGUAACCUGUAUUUGUAUAUUGCCGCUGUUUACGAGAAUUGGAAUAUUAAAUGUCAUUAUCGUA